AGACGUCACAAGGUGGCGCCAUACUGAACUACCCUGCCACAGGAAAGCGGCAUCCGUGACAGACGUGAACGAGAGCUGUAAAAAGUGCUUUGUCGUCGUUUUAUUGUGUCGCCGCGUCAUAAGCGUCAGAAGAAAUUAAAAAUACUCGGUGGAUGUUGUGUCAGAUGUUCUCGGACAUCCAAACAGGUGUAUAUGUGCCUUACGGCAUGGACACUCUUUGGAAAAGUGUCCCCAACCUGCAGGUGACGAGAGCACUAAAUCAGAGCUCUAUGCUGACAAGAGAGGUUAGAUGCACUGGUUUCAUGACUUCAGGAGAACACGAUGAUCGAACUGCGCCAACAUUUCGCAACCGUAAAGGCAAAGGCUCCAAUAAGGGCCGGUAUGACCGCGCCCGCAGGGACCGCCAGCGUGGGGGCCACGGUGGAGGCUUCGGUGGUCCUGGACCACGGUCUAGACUCGAAGAUCCGGAUGGAGACGUAACGAUGAACGACGGCUCUCAGGACAACAGCAGCCAGAACAGAUUCAACCCAUAUGGAAGGGCUUUUCGAAAAGGAGAUGGGCGCUUUGACAGAGACAGGCGUCAGGGCAAAGGUGGAGGUGGUAGAGGAGGCUUUAGAGGAAACAGGGGUGGAGGAGGCGGUGGUGGGAGUGCAAACCGUUCCGGCUGGUACAAAGUAACCAUCCCUCAUGGGAAAAAUUACGACAAGAAAUGGUUAUUGACGGCUCUUCAGAACAUCUGCGCAGUACGCUACACACCCGUUCAGUACCACGUGGACCAUAGCCGAGCCCAUUUCUAUUUAGACGAUUCCACUGCAGCCAGUGCUCUGCAUAAAUGCUCCCACAAGAUCACAGACACAAACGGGUAUAAGGUGGAAGUGCAUGUCAAUCCCAGCAACCCACCUAAUUUCCUUCUGUCUGACCUGAAGCCUCAAGAUAUGGAACAUUUGAAGCAAUGUAUGGCCAAACGUUUUGAUGGCUCACAACAAGCUCUGGACUUGAACAACAUCCGCACAGACCCUGACCUGGUGUCCCAAAAUGUUGAUGUCAUCCUCAACAGAAGGACAAAUAUGAAAGCUGUCCUUAAGAUUAUUGAAGAGAACAUUCCAGAGCUGGCCAGCUUGAACCUGAGCAACAACCGCAUCCAUAAACUGGAUGAACUUAGUGAAUUGGUUACCAAAGUGCCCAAUCUGAAGAGCCUCAACCUUUCCCACAAUGAGCUGAAGUCAGACCGGGAGCUGGACAAAGUGAAAAGCCUGAAGCUGGUGGAGCUGUGGCUGAACAGAAACCCCUUGUGCGACCUCUUCAAAGACCAGGCCUCAUACAUCAGCGCUGUGAGAGAGAGGUUUCCCCGGCUGCUUAAACUCGAUGGCAAUGACCUGCCUCCACCCAUUGGAUUUGAUGUGGAAGCCCCCACCACUAUGCCCCCUUGCAAGGGAAGUUAUUUUGGCUCAGAUGAAAUCAAGGGCCUCAUCCUUCGAUUCUUGCAACAGUACUACAGUAUAUAUGACUCUGGGGAUAGACAGCCUCUUCUGGAUGCUUACCAUGAUGAAGCAUCAUUGUCCCUCACGACACCUUUCUCCAGUCAGAACCCCUCCAGGUCCAGUCUGGGAGAGUACCACAAAGACACUCGAAACCUGAAGCGGAUCAAAGACUCUAUGAUCCGCUUCAGGCUACUCAAGCACACACGUUUGAAUGUGGUGGCUUUCCUGAAUGAGCUGCCAAAAACUCAGCAUGACAUCGCUUCUUUCACCAUUGACGUGAACACCUACACAAACACACUACUGUCAUUCACUGUAAGCGGAGUCUUCAAAGAGGUUGCUGUGAAUGGGAAAUCCAGAGACUCCACCAUGGCCUUCUCUCGAGUUUUCAUCACAGUCCCUGCGGGGAAUUCUGGUUUGUGCAUCGUCAACGACCAGCUGUUCAUCAGAGUGGCCACGACAGAAGAGAUCCGCAAAGCCUUUGUGGCGCCCGCUCCGACUCCAUCUUCCAGCCCGGUCCCCACUCUGACUGCACCACAACAGGAGAUGCUCGCCGCCUUCUCGCAGAAGUCGGGCAUGAACCUGGAAUGGUCCCAAAAAUGUCUGCAAGACAACGAGUGGGACUUCAACAAAGCUGCACAGAUCUUCACACAGUUGCAGACGGAAGGGAAGAUCCCCGACGUGGCGUUCAAGUAAAACAUUGCAUCAUACCUCCUGUAAAAAUAAAACUUUAAAUGUUUGGUUUUGUAAUUCUGUGUCCUUUUUAUCUUUUUGCCUCUUGUUGCAUAAGUGGCAGAAAUGUGGAUGAGUAUAAGUUACAUUUGCGUGGUUUUGUUUUAGCAGCCAAAUGUGAGGAACUGUUUGAAAUUCAGACUUGUGUUGUACGGUUGUGUUAUUUUAAAUUCAUUAAUCUGUAUAGAAAUUGUUUUCAUUGCAAUAAAGACAUCUGGCCAGUU